AAGGCCAAUUAAUUCUAUUUGGGAAGAUGUUAAUAAAGGAGAUUCUGUUGGCUUUGGAAAAUUUAAUGCCUUUUGUAAAUACUGUACAAUGUUAGAACGUAAGGAUAAAGCACCAAUUAAGAGAAAGAAAGUUGAAAAUAGCCAACAAACCAUAAUUACAAGUUAUCAUGAUUCUAUAGAACUUCCAAAUGCCAGAAUUACCAGUCAAUUACUUGAAUGUGAGUUAUCUCAAGUAAACUCCAAGGUUAAAUCUGAAAUUGAGAAGGAAACCAAUCUAACAUUAG